AGAACACAAAGUCAGAUCUAAAAAUACAAAAUUAAAAUUCAAAAAUCAUCAACCCAGAAAAUAACAACAGAAAAUGUAUGGGAGCUCAAUUAAUGGGUUCGGUUACGCUCCCUCUAUCGACGAUUACAAGCAUGUCAAGGCCAUCAACGCACCUCUUUGGGUAUGGGAGGGCCUACUCCCAUGUGGGACUCAUCUCAACGGUGCUCUCCACUGGGUAUUCAAGCUUCGCGGCGGAGGUGAGUGCGUCAUCGCCGCCUUUGAUUUAGAAACCGAUACGUUUCGAGAAAUGCCGGUACCGGUAAUUUCUGUGUCGGGUUUCAGCACUGGGUCUUUGAAAGGGUGCCUUUGUUUGAUGGAUCUUGUCUUUGGCCUAAGGCGUCGAGAUAUUUGGUUCAUGAAGGAGUACGGUGUGGGUAAGUCUUGGGCUAAGAUUUUGGUUGUGGACCCGUGUUAUGAGGUGAAGCCGUUGUGUUUGUGGAAAAAAUCCGAGAUCUUGAUGACAAUUGAUAGGAACGAGAACGAGAAUGAGCUGGUUCUGUGUAAUCCAAAAGAUGGGACGUGCAAGAAUUUUGACGUAGUCGGCAUUCCGUUUUGGUUUUAUGCAGAUACAUAUGUGGAAAGCCUUGUCUCGCCCAAAUUUUCUGCAAUAGUUUGA